CAACACUCCACUCACAACAUCCACCGCCAUGCCCAUACUCAUCCUCGACGGCGGCAUGGGCACGACGCUGGAGGCGGACGGACACGACGUCUCCGGCCCCAUGUGGGGCAGCGAGCUCGUGUCGCGCAACCCCGAGGCCCUUGCCAACGUGCAUGCGCGCUACGUGUCCGCGGGCGCUGACAUCAUUGAGACCGCGACAUAUCAGAUGACUCUCCCCGCGUUGGUGGGAUUAGGACACGACGAAGCGACGGCGCGCGCGCUAAUGCACCGCGCGGUGUCGCUCGCUGCCGAUCUGACCGCGCCCAACUCCAGCCCCGCAACCCUGUCCUCGACGCUCUCAGCCGUCGCCUCAGCCCUGAAGCCGACGCCAGCGAAAGAACCCCCGAAACACAAGCACAAGGUGGCGCUGGCGCUCGGGCCGUACGGCGCAACGCUCUCGCCUGGACAGGAGUACGACGGGCUGUAUCCCCCACCAUAUGGCCCGGCCGGCUAUUCCCCCUCCUCUCAAGCGACGAACUACGCGCCGCCCGAAGACGAGGCAGCGUACGAAGCCGCGCUCACCCAGUUCCACCUGGACCGGUUGCGGGUCUACGCCGCAGCCCCCUCCUGGCCGCGCGUCGCAUGGCUGGCGUUUGAAACAAUCCCGCUACUGCGCGAGAUCCGCGCGAUCCGCCGCGCCGUGGGCGCUCUCCGCGCUGAACUCGGCGACGCCAAGCCCUUCUGGAUCUCCUCGGCCUACCCGAACGGCAGCAUUGGGCAACGCGACGCCCGCGGCCAGCCAGCCGACAUGUCCGCCGUCGCCGCCGCGCUCGUCGGCGACCUCCCGCCUCUCGCGCCCUUCGACGGCGCCCCACGCCCGGACGGCGUCGGCGUGAACUGCACGCAUCCUACGCGUCUCCCCGUCCUCCUUGGCGCCCUCAGCGGCGCCAUUACCGCGCACGCUCGGAGGCGGAAGCAGGCGAAGGCCGGGGCCGUGCCGGCGCCAGACGGACAAGCGCAGAAGGGAAGCGCGCCGCACGCGCCAUGGCUCAUCCUCUAUCCCGACGGCGGGGCGAGUUACGACGUCGUGAAUAAGAAAUGGACGGAUCGCAUUUUCACGCCCCUCGCAUGGGCUGAGCGCGUGCUUGCGCUCGCGCACGAGGCCGAGGCCACGGGCGUGUGGACAGGCGUCGUGCUCGGCGGAUGCUGCAAGAGCUCGUUUGAGGAGGUGGCGUCCCUGCGCGCGCUCGUAGACCGCCCGACGGAGCGGCGAUGGGAGGAGAGCGUGCGGCGUGCGGAGGAGAUAUAGAUGUGGCAUACCCUAAUGACCGCUCAUUCAUGGCGCAGCAAGAGAUAUGCAUGGCUGGCGCCAAUUUCAUGUGUG